AUGUCGGAAAACGAAGCAAAGUUUGACUCCGUUUUGUUUGCGAUGGCAGAACAACAUUCCGGUGGUGUACCGGAGAUGUUGGCCACAUUCGCCGGGUUUUUGAACAGAAAGACUGACUUCUUUGUUGGCGGAGAUGAAGGCGAGUGGGAGAAGCUGGUGUUACAGAUAUUCCGACAAGAAGCAGCAAAAGCACAGGAAGUGGCAAGAAAAAAGCGCGAAGAGCGUGAGGCAGCAGAACGAAGACGUCAGGAAGUACUGCGCAAGAAAAAGGAAGAGGAAGAACAAAGCAAUUCAGCUUCCAUUACCGAGCUGACCGAAGAAGAAGCAGAACAAUUGCAGAAAGAACUGGAUGCGAAAAAACAAAAGGAAAGUGAACCACCAGUGCAACCAACACCAACAGAUGAGGAGAAAGAAACUAAAGCAGGAAGUGAUACGGAGGACGUAGAACCGGGUGAUGAAGGUAAGCUGAAGCCAAACCGCGGCAAUGGAUGUGAUCUGGACAAAUACAGCUGGACACAGACGCUUCAGGAAAUAGAGUUGCGCGUUCCGUUCGAUGUAAAGUUUACUUUAAAAGCGAAAGAUGUCGUUGUGAACAUGCAGCGAAAGACGCUGAAAGUAGGCCUGAAGGGCCAUCCGCCGGUCAUUGACGGGGAGCUUUGUGCGGAGAUCAAAAUGGAGGAUUCACUCUGGCACCUGGAGAAAAACGCGGUAAUAAUAACGUUCGAAAAGAUAAACCAAAUGAACUGGUGGGACCGAUUGGUGAAAACGGACCCGCUGAUUAACACGCGCAAAAUCAAUCCCGAAUCUUCGAAAUUGUCCGAUCUGGACCUAUCGACGCGCAGCAUGGUCGAAAAGAUGAUGUACGACCAGCGGCAAAAGGAGAUGGGUUUACCCACGAGCGACGAACAGAAGAAGCAGGAUAUGCUAAAGAAGUUCAUGCAACAGCAUCCUGAGAUGGACUUUUCGAAGUGUAAGUUUACCUAA